GAUCGAAUUACAAUUUUAUAAAGUAUCUUAUUUUCACGUGGAUAAUUUCAAAGUAAACUAUUAGAGGCUGGAAUGGUAUUUGCAAAUUAUUUUUUAACAAUAUUCAAGUUAGAAUUAUAUAUUACUUAAUUUCUAACAAAUCAGAGUUGACCUGAAACAUACAACCUUUCUGGCUAACUGCCUGGUGUAUCGCUUUUCUAAAGACUACGAUGCUUACGGUUACAAAGUAGAUUACAGCGCUGAAUGUGACGUUCUAAAUAUGUGCACAACUCAAAGAUGUAUACAUAGAAUACAGUUCGUUUGUUUCACGCAUGCGUGUUAGGCAGAUGUCUUUGUAGUCCGCAUGCUUGGUAGUUAUAGCCUGUAUUUAGUGCUGAGAAAGAAGUGUUACGACGCGGACGUUUCGAGGUGGGCAAACAGUUACCAUGCGGUUACCCUAAAGUUAUUAUGAGCUAUUUAAUUGUUCAAAUACAAGCAACAGGAAAAUUCGGAUUGCAGUGUUCAACAUGGCUGAAGAGAAUAUUGUAGAGGAGUGGCUGCGUUCUUUUCACUUGAGUCAGUAUGCCGAGAGCUUUCUGGAUAACGGUUACGACGAUUUAGAAAUCUGUAAACAGAUCGGCGAGGCUGACCUGGACGGCAUAGGUGUGACAGAUGGAGCACACCGACAGCAAAUUCUUCGUGCUGUGAGAAAGCUUUUGGAGCAAGGAGGUGCAGCUGUUUAUUUUACUUUAGAAGAACAAAGAAAUUCUGUUUUUGGUCAUCCUGUUGAGGGAGAUAGCUUCCCCGAUGGCCCUUCCCCUUAUUUGUCUACGACGUCGCCAAACACUGUUGAUAAAACCAGAGUAACGGCCAGCAAGGGCACGACCGAAGUGACUGAGCGCACCGGCAGCUACGGAUACGGCUGCUGCGGCGGGAUGGCGCUCAUGUCUGCACAAGUUCCAUCCUGCGGCAGAUUUACUGAUGAAUACGAAGAAGGUAAAGCAGAAUUUGUUAAACUACCCAAGAUGCAGCUGAAAAUGAUGAUACGAGACAAGUUGAUUAGAGACGGAAUUCGGCUCAGUGCUCAACCAUACUCAAACAUGGACGGGUCACGUGGCGAGUUGGAAACCCUCGCCAAGCGGUACUCGGAAGAACUACGAACUCAUUACCAGGAUGUUGUCGAACGCUUGGAAGAGCUCAGGCGACGGCGUGUCGUCAUCGACGUACCUCCACUUCCGUUGGAUAACGUGGGUUCCUCUUUACCUACACACCAUCAGUGUUUCAGGCCAGGAAAGUACUCGCCGUCCAGCUGCUUGAGUGAGAUAGAAUACGAGAAUGUCUAUGGAAUGUACGAAGGUCUGGAAGAGAAGAUUUCUAGCACGGCUACGUCACCAGAAAGAUGCCUUAGUCCACGUUCAAGGUUUUUCUAUGAACCAUCUCCUCUUUCAACAAAUGACACCAAGAAUGGAAAGGAUGGUAAUGAUCACAAGAAGAAAGGAGGCUUAGGAAAAUUGUUUCGAAGCUUAGGGCCAAAGAAAGAUAGGGAUAAAGGUAGAAGAUUUCCUGGAAAAACUGGAUCCAAAGUCCAUAAUUUCUGGUCUUCAUCAAAACACCACAAUGAAGCUCUGCAUCCUCUCCCUCAGUCCCAGUCAGGAGAUCUGUGGAUUGGAAAAGAAGGUUCUUUACAUCUGAUGAGGAUGAUUCGGGAUGGCUACAUGACUAUUGAGCAUGCUGUUCAAAAAGGUGUUACUGACACUGAGAAAGGAAUAAUGUUUUCAUCUCCUGGUAGCAGAAAGGACAGCCGUAAAGUUAUAGCAGUGUGUAGAGAUGUAAAUGGUUUCCGCAGCAAAACCUUUCCUGGAACACACAUAUACUACGAACCUCCUUAUGAAUUUGAUAUAGAUAGUGAACUGUUUAACAUCUCUGGCAGCAAGCCUGUUCACUCUCGACAAUCCUGUAGAGUGUGUUCCACUCUAUUUCAAGACGUGACCUUGUCUACAACAAACUAUCAGCCCGCUGGUCACUAUGGCUACUCAGUCAGGAUUCCCCAGACCACCGUAUCAAAUGAGAAAUUACCCACUAAGCAAAAUGUUCAAGAAAAUAAAUGCACAAGUAAUUACUCGGCUAAAGAUGAUGGCAUUUGUGACGGCAAGUGUGGUAAUAUUAUGUGCAGCUUGAAGGUUGACUCUAGUCCAGAAUGGCCACCCGAUACAUCUACUGGUCCUCCUCCAGUGACGGCAAUAAGCAGUGGGGUUUGUGAAAGUGUAGGAAAGAAUCAGUGUUGUUAUACUUCUGCUCAUGCUUGCACUGCCAUGUCCCAGCCAUCUAGUGGCUCCUACAGUAGUCGUUUCAGCAACACUUCUUGUUGCAGUUCUUGCUGUCCUCAGAGUUUCACUGACACUGAUCAGCCAGCUAAAGGACCUGAGUGUGGACAGCACUCGGCAACGGUCAAGAUGGAAUCUUUAGCAGAUUAUGCAUCUUCACCAGUUUCGGAUCAGAGUAAAAAUGAUCAACCCGGACAGCUGGGAAGUCCAUUACAGAACAGGCAAGCCAAUCCAGACCAGUCAGAUGACCUAAUUCAACCUGGGAGUUCCCUGGAAAGUGUUGGUAGUCGGAGUGACUGCGGGUCAAGAUCCAGUCUUCACAGCUCUGUAUCAUCAAGCAGUGAUUCUAGUUCAGUAUCUCCUGCCAAUAAGAACACAAGAUUCUCCCAGAGUUUUAACCCAAGUCAGCCUGAAGGAGCUCUUGAGACCACUUCCAAUCACUUGGCUAAACCUUCGGAGCCAGCAGAUGAAUCUUGCAUAGCGUUACAAGAGACUACCAGAGAGCCUUUUCAGAAGACACGUCUGGAUGGACAGUCUGGUAACGGAGAGAAAUUAUUGUCAUCGUUCUCUGUUGGACAGACUUUACAAUCAAAUAAAGUCAAUGUAAAGGAUGGGACCUGUCAGUUCAAAUUAGGAAAAGACAGAGUCAUUGAAGAUGUAGAUGGAAAAGACAUUCAUAUUUUAAACAACAGUUCUCUCUCAAAUUGUGUAUGUAAUCAGAAUACCUCCUCUGAAGGAAGUUUAAAAAAACAACAAAAUGGAAAAGUCCCAGAGGGUUACCAGAAUCGGUAUUGUCACACUGUUACGGAUACUAAACCAAGACCUACAGGCAUCUCUAGAGUGUCUUUAGCUUAAACACUUCGAAAGUCAUGCAAAGUAAAAUAUUUAAUAAUAAGUAAUGCAGAUUUAAAGUUUACUGAGUAACGAGUGGAAUGGCUUGAGAAACAAUAACAUACCACUGAGAUGAGUUUAAGAAUGAUUAAAACUAAUAUAUUUCCAGGUUUCAUACAAUCCAUGCAACCCUUGGCUUCUUUCUUGUAAUAAGAAACUAUUUAAUUUUAGAAUUAGUGGUUUUGAAGUGCUGACGUACCAGAACCGAAAUGAUACUACUAAGUAUUCCCCAAUCUACCUGAAAAAAACAAAGUGUAUCGAGUUUGAAAGCCUGAAGACGAUUUGUCAAUAGGGGAGAAACUGUCCUGAUAAAGGUUGAACAGGUUUAGCUUUCUUUUUUAUGUUAGUUGUUAUUUCAAAUUGGUGUGUCCAUUUUGGAUCAGUUUUGCAUCUGUUUAGUUUCAGUUUGCUGUAUUGGCAAAGCCUCUUCAGGUUUUUUCAAACUUCUACAAACACACACACACACACCAUUUGAUACUGUAAGUACUUUAUUCAGAAUUUUGUAUAUUUUUGUGAAUUUCGUCAUAAUUCUAUACAAACAUUUGAGCUUGUAGUUUUUCAGAAGCAGUCUUUCUUUAGACUGUGUGAAACCCUGGUUAUGGUACAUUGUUGUUUCUGAAUGUACGUGUACAAGGCUGGUAAGUAUGUACAGUAGAUUUGAGUAACAAGACCUGUAAUGCAUUAGAUGCUGACGUAGAAAACACGUUAUUCGAUUCAUUACAAGAUUGUAUUCUGAUUGUCAGGUAGAAUGCGAUUGUGAACUGUGGAAGAAGUAAAAAAAGAGACUGUAAUAAAGACAAAAUAAGAGAUGGUAUUAGUAUUAAACAAUAAUAAAAUAGUUCUAACAUUCUUGAAAUAACAAAACACAGAGGAGUUUAUUCUUGGCCAAGUCAUAUGCAAGUUUAAUAUAUGUCAAAGUGAUUAUGCAAAUCGUACAUAGUGAUUGUUAGACAUAAAGAUGAAGAUAGUAUCCGUACUGUUCAAAGGGAUAUAUGAAUGUGCUCAUAAUAUAUAUAUGUAUGAUAUGACAUUUUCUAUAUAAAAGAUAAGAAAACAGAUGUUAAUAUAUUAAAGAAAGAUAACAAUACAAAUAACAACCAUGCAGAGACUCAUUUGACUGUGACAAUGAAUCUAGAGGCAACCAGACAGAUACUAGAUUUACAGUAUGUACUGUAGGCAUAAGUACUGUGAUGAGCACUCACGGAAAAGAUCUGUGGAAAACAGAAGAGUUGAACAGAGCACAAUUAGCUAAUAUAUUCUAUAUAAAAAGCAGAGCAGUGAAACUGUCUCAUCUCUGGUUACUAUGCAUAGCACGGAAAUUUGACGCCAGAAUUGCUUUGUUGUGCAAUAAGAUAUCAAAGAUGUACUAUAAAAAUCACCUAAAUAGGAGUUUGUCUAGUCAUUUUGUUCCUCAUUGUGCUGCAGUUCCUGUAAUUAUACAUAUAUAUAUAUAUAUAUUCACAUUUAUUGAGAAUCUGAAAACUAUUGACUGCUCUAAGUAUUUAAACCUUCUUUAUCAAAUAUUUUAACUGGUAAAUGGGGUUCUGAAAGAGAUAUUUUGUUACAAAACACAGUACAAAAAAAAAGAUUUUUGUUUCACUUUCAAGAAUACAGAAUAAAAACUUAAAUCUGGAAAAACAAUGUAACCUUUCUCCUAACCGGUAGAUAAUUAAAAACCAUGCAGAAUUAAUCUAGAUUUUUGUUAUUCUAUAUCGAAAGGUUGUUUUAUUCUUGUGUAUAAUGUCACCUUAUUAAAUUUACUGCUUUGUUAAUUCCGUCAGCUUAAACUUUUGCAAAAUAAAGACAUUUUAUUCUGAUAUUUAUGCCUUAUAUAUGUAUAAAUAGUUUAGUUUUUCAUUUUAUCUUCAGUGUACAAAGGCCACUUGUUAAUGUUCACUACUAGAAAUAUUAUUUCACUGUAAAAGGAAAAAAACAAUGUAUUUUCGGAAGUUUAAUUUUUGACUGUCACUAAGUAAAAAUGCCAUAGCUUUUGUGAGUGAGUAUCUCUCUCUCUCUCACUUAGGCCACAAAAGUUUUUAUGCUAUUAUUUACAUCUUUUAUAUAAAAAAUUCCCCAUUUAUUUGUCUACAGGUGAAUUCAUGUUUUAUAGGAUACUUUUAACUACUUAUUUUUAUUUGUUACUCCAGUGAAAGCUGACAUUCUAAGAACGCUGGUUUGUGUUUUAGACGGUUACAAAGGUGGUGGUUGGUCAAGGUUAAAUGAUCUUUCACAAUAAAAGUAAGGAUAUAUAUUCUUAUUGUUGAAUGUUGAUGUAAUUCAAAACUCGGCUGAAAACAUAAAGAUCCUCCGAAAAAAAACCCUGAUGAUAUAUUCUGAAAUGAAAUUGAUCUUUUGAUUGCUAUAAGAAAAUAAAAACUCCCAACAAGAUGAGGAAUACAUUGGGAUCACAACCAAUACGUAACAAACUUUAAUACCUUUUCAAGUUAUGUGGGAAAUUUUUAAGUUUAAAUGAUCAGAAAGAAGCUAUCUACCAAUCGAAGAAUCUUCGGCCUUUGAAACUUAAACAGUUUUAUUUCUUGCAGCCACAAGAAAAAAAAAAUCAAACAUAAAGACAUGAGGCUUUCUUCGUUAUGUAUGUUUCAAAGCACUUCUUCUUUAAAACCUGUCCAUCUUUUUUAUUUCUACUUCAUCUAGUGUUAAACAGCUCAUUGUGUGUUGCUUAAUGUUGUAAAUAGGUUGUGAGUAAGAAGGAUUACUAGGUUAAGAUCUAUGUAUCCAUCUGUCUGUUAAAAAUGAAUUUUUGUUGAAUAUGAUGAAACCAAAGGAGCCUUGAUGUUUUUAAUUUUGUUUAAAAUUCUAUUUUUUUGUUGCUGUCUGUGUAAACUGACAAUGUUGGUUGCUGACCUUCAUUUACUCCUUUUCAAAUUAUAUAUCUUAAGAAAUAUAUGUAGAUAGAUAAAUAUAUGAACACGUAUAUCUAAAGCCUGUCCAAAGAUGUUGUAAUGGAGAAACUUCAAUAGGAAGGUAUUAGCUACUGACUUAGUGGAUGUAUAUAAAAAAAUAAUAUCCUCUUCACUUCUACUGCAAGUUCUUAAAAUGAUUGAAACCAUUCUGCCUUUUUUUGUUUUUAAUGUUUUAAACACGGAGCCAUGAGUGAACUGUUAUGAUUUCUUUUUAAUAGGCUAUGUGAAUGGUAGGAUUGUCAAAUAAAAUGUUUUAUUUCAAGUCCUCAGGAA